CUGAAGAGGCUCAUGGCUCUUAUUUCCGUAGCAAUACAACCCAAGCUGAUGGUAGCAAGCCAUGCAAUCACCAUGCCAUGCAAAAGAGAGAACAAGCGUCAGGGACGCCGACCAGCUCCCACGGUGCUCUAAGGACGCCGUAAAGUCAACUGCGGGUCAGCUGUACAAUACUGUCAAUUCCCGGUUGGUUGGCAGUCAAGUUCCAAGGGACUGCAUGCCUCACAGUUCGAAGUCUUGCUCUGCAGAUGAUAUCAAAUUAAUUGAUGCAGAACUUGGUCUUUCUGAGGAGCACUUCUCUUCGAGUCCAGAGGGGCUGCUUAGGUUUUCUACCAUCGAAGAUCUAGAAAAAGCCAUAGAGCAUUGCAAGGAGAUGAUUCUUGACUCUGAGGAGAACUCUGAAAAGCGCAAGACGUUGGUUAUCAGACUAGUUCAGCUUAGACAAAAACUGCAAGAGAUUAAGGAUGGGCCACCUGAGGAGAAGGCAGAAGACAUCAAGGUUGUAAUGGAGCACCAAUUUGAGUCGCGUACAUAUGAACGUGCCCAGCAAUAUUGUGAAAAGUGUUGUGGUAGCAUCUGGGGUGUUCUGUAUGGCUUCUACCAGUGCAAGAACUGCAAUUUCAAAUGCCACAAUAAGUGCCUGAACAGCAUUACAAGGAAAUGUGCUUAUGUACGGAUGCAGGAGAAAAGUGAAUUUGUGUUGGAGAUCUGCCCUGAGCAAGGAUUAUCAGCUCAAGGAUAUCGAUGUGCUGAGUGUGGCCAGAAUGUUUUUCCUCGGUUUGUGGUGCUGGGUGAGGCCGCAAGUGCACUCAUGCCUGCUGCCCUUCGCUCCCUGGCAGAGCAAGGGCAACCACGGCGCUGCGAGUAUACGGGCCGUUAUUACUGCUCACUUUGCCAUUGGAACAGCUCCUCUGUGGUGCCUGCGCGUGUUCUCCACAACUGGGACUUCGAGCCACGCAAGGUUUGUCGAGCAUCACUGCAGUUUCUUCGGCUCAUGGUCAAAAAGCCAGUUCUCAACAUUGACAAACUCAACCCUAUGCUGUUCACAUUUGUUGAGGAUCUCCGACACGUCAAGAAACUGCGCGAGGACAUUCUGCGAAUGAAACAGUAUUUGACUCUAUGCCAUGCAGCGCAGCAGCAAAAGUUGCUGCUGCUGUUGCACAAACGACAGCACUUCGUCGAAGGAAGCGAGUUAUACUCCCUUCAAGAUCUCAUUGACCUUCAUGAUGGCAACUUGUUGGGCUAUCUGACCCAGGUGCACCAGGUUUUCCUCGACCACAUCACUAAGACCUGUGAAGGAUGCCGUGGAAGAGGCUAUUUGUGCAAACUGUGCAACAGUGAUGAAGUUAUUUUUCCACUUGGAAGUGACACUUAUAACUGUUCCGACUGUGGUUCUGUUUAUCACAGGGAAUGUCGUGAGAAAUCCCAGGAUCCUUGCCCAUGGUGUGAAUGGAGAGCCCGUCAACAAAACAGGACUGUCGGAAACGCGCCCGAGCUUCCAGGCUCCUGAUUCAACUAAGCGAGAAGAAAGUAUCACUAAAGCAUUGAUAUGUACACUAGAUAGCCAACAGAUUCAUAUUUAUUUCCAGAAACUCACAAUAGCUGUUACUGGCAUAUGUUGCUUAACAUUGUUUACCAUCCGUUAUUGUUGGCAAAGCAUUCUGCUUAAUGGAUAUACAUGUUGCAUUGCUAGUGCUUUGCUUGAAGACAGCAUGCAUUACGAUUGACUGUUAAUAAAACCAACCAGACAUGCAGCUAGGGAGGAAAUGCGCACAAUUAAAUGCCAAAUGUUUUCUAGCUGUGGUUGUCCAUGUUACUU